AUGGCGGCGUUGGUGCCAGUUCUUGUGGCUGGUCUGGCCGUCUUUGGUGGCUACACCUACGGCCCAGCCAUCAAGCAAACGGCGACGGUUCUCGGAGUAUCGCGGACCGUCAAUAACACACCUGUCGAGCACGGCGGCGACCUUGUCUACAUCGGCGACACGAUCCAUUGCGAGGACAUUCACCACCAUGAGCCGAGUGGGCUCCUUUUCACCGCGUGCGAAGAUGACACAGAGACGCGCAAGGCAUGGUUUCCGCCGCUUGGAACUUUUGAAGACCCGGUCAAGGCAAGCAAGUCUACAGGCUCUAUUCAUAUCAUUGACCCCAAGGACAUGACCACUAAGCGCCUCAAGUUCGAGAAAUUUGACAGCACUUUCAUUACUCACGGCAUCGAUGUCAUUUCCGACCCGGAAAAGACUGACGCCGUCUAUGUGUUUGCCGUCAACCAUGUUCCCCACGCCGAGUACCUCGCAACCAAGGCUGGUGGCCAAGGCGACCAGAAGGUGUUGGACAAGGCCCAAUCUCGGAUUGAAAUCUUCCAUCACAUCCUGGGCUCAUCCACCAUCAGGCAUGUGCGGUCAGUCCAGCACCCGCUUGUCAAGACGCCCAACGACAUUUUCAUCAAGGACCCGCACUCCUUUUACGUUACCAAUGACCACUUCUACCGCGAGGGAACGAUGCGCCUCAUUGAGGACCUGUGGCCUGGAGCAUCUUGGACAGACACUAUCCACGUCACCAUCGACAAGCUUUCUGCGCUGAAGCCCACAGACGGCGUCACGGCGCAGGUUGCCUACGAGGGAAUGAGAAAUAACAACGGCCUGGGUCACUACAAGCCUGGGUACAUCCUGAUUGACGAUUGUUCCGGCGCCGCGAUGCACAUUGGCAAGCUGUCUUCGGAUCCGAAGAACGUCACCAUCGAUAUCGAAGAUUCCGUCCAUUUUGACUCCUACAUCGAUAACCCCAGCUAUUUCAACGACCCGUACAAGUCCGAGACCCAGGAUGCCAGCGGCUUCAUCCUGCCAGGUCUCAUCCGGCCCAUUGAUAUUGUGAAGCAGAUUGGCGAUCCUACCUCUAACAUCGGAUCCAUUGUCUGGUAUGCGAAGCCGAUCGCGAAUUGCGACAGUGCCAAGGCCGAAUGCUGGGAGAAGCGCGCUCUGUUUGAGGAUGAUGGAACCAGAAUUCGUUCAGCUGCCGGCGCAGUCUUGGUGGGCAUUGACCCGGCCAAGGAGAACAACAAGAAGAAGGCGUGGCUUUUUGUUACUGGCUUCUACUCGAGCGCCGUCGUGGCGGUCAAGGUCGAUCUUUAA